AUGAGCGCUCCGGUUUCUCAGAGCUGCGUCGAUUUCAGCCUAUCACAGCGGGGUGCACAUAAUUCCGUCCAGGACUCACCUUGGGAUGCUGUCGAGAGACUGAUGGCAAAUCUAUGGGCGACUGAUAAUCCUGACGGCUUGGUCUUUCUAGGUGUAGCUGAAAACAGCAUUUUGCACAAACAAGUAGCCGCGCGUGCCAAUAAGAACGCCGCGGUCAAUACCAACAACCAUCUGAACUAUGGAGUAGGCCCACGGGGAUCGCCACGCCUGAAGAAGGCGCUAGUCCCAUUUUUCAACUCUGAAUUCCGGCCCUCUAAGCCUAUAUUGCAAAAAGAGCUACUCGUUCUACCUGGAGUGGCAGCUGUGAUUGAUGCCUUGACGUGGGCAAUCUGCAAUGAAGGUGAAGGGAUCAUUACUCCUGCUCCUUUCUACACAGGUUUAAAGCCUAUGAGCGCUUUAAGAGCUGGUGGAGUUCUCAUCUCUGCACCUUUCAAGAGUGUGGAAGGUUACCGUGGCCUGAAUGAUGUCUUUGAUCCCGAUAUGAAUAGGAAAGCGUUGGAAAAGACUCUGCUUCAGGCUACUCAAGAUGGCGUAACAGUGCGGGCUGUGCUGAUAUCCAAUCCCCAUAAUCCACUAGGAAGAUGUUACCCUGCGGAGACGAUCAGGGAGAUCGCACGUUUCUGUGGCCGCAAUAACUUGCACCUGAUCAGCGACGAGAUAUUCGCGUUGUCGGUCUACCAUAAUGUACAUGCGAACAACGCAACACCAUUCGUGUCGGUAUUAGGCGCAGGCCUUGAUGAAUGCAUCGACAGUCACUUGGUACACGUAAUGUAUGGGAUGAGUAAGGACUUUUGCGCCACGGGGCUUCGACUGGGCGUGCUACACUCCACGAAUGAAGGCCUCAUAGCCGCAGUGUCUAGCAUAAGUGUUUUCGGUUGGGUCCCUUAUGUCGUCCAAGACGUAUGGGCAGAUGUGCUUGAAGACAAACAAUUCUUGGGCGACUUCAAACUAGAGAAUCGCAAGGUGCUGGGCAAACACUGCACAAUGCUAAGAUCCUUUUUGGACCAACAUAAGAUUCCAUACUAUGAUCAUGUGCACGCCGGUGUUUUCGUCUGGGUGGACCUACGUCGCUAUCUUCGUGGGAAUUCCGCACCACGACCAGCGAUCUCCGCGGCUGGCAUAAACCACGAUCAAGAAGUGGAGCUUUUCAAGCGCUUUCUCGGGGCGGGUGUUGUUGUUUCUCAGGGAAGCAGUUUUGGUACUGAAGAGUUAGGUUGGUACCGCAUCAGCUUUGCCAUGGACGAGCAGGCUUUGAAUUUGGGCCUCCAACGAUUAGGGAAUUGCCUAAAGUCCAUCGAGAAUAACGGCUGGGAGAAUUGAAAACUCCAGGAUUUCGUGUUUCAUAAUGAUAGCCAGUUCUUCCUCUUCUUCUUCUGUUUGAGCACAGUUCGGAGUGCGGCCUGGCGUGGACGGCAACGCCCGCUUCCUAAGCUGCGAAGUGUUUACCACAGUGUUAUGGCUACGCCGCAACAGAAUGACCUGCAUGGUAAUUACG